AUGCGUCGAGCUGUGCUUCACAUUCUUCAUGGACUCUCCCACCCUGGGAUACGAGCCUCACAGAAGCUCCUUGCAGAACAAUUUGUCUGGUCUGGCAUGAACAAGGACGUCAAAGCUUGGGCUCGGUCGUGCCCGAAUUGCCGAUGGAACAAGGUCCAGUGCCACAACAAGUCUUCACCCAGCACCUUCUCUAGCUCCGACGCUCGUUUCAGUCAUGUGCAUCUCGAUGUCUUAGGCCUUUUGCCUCCAUCCAACUGUUUCACUUAUCUGCUUACCUGUGUCGACCGCUACAUUCACUGGGCCGAAUUCAUUCCCUCGCCGAACAUGGAAGCAGGCACUAUCGUUGAAAAUUUGGUCAGUCGUUGGAUCGCCGUUUUUGGUGCCUCAUCCACGAUUAUGACUGAACGAGGUGCCCAAUUCAAAUCUACACUCUUCCAAGCCUUCCUCAACAUUUCGGCCUUAAAUGUACUUAUUCAGACCGACCUUUUUAAAUUUCAUGGGUAA